CCUAAAACUCAUCCUCGGCUCCGACCCUCGAUGCUCACGCUACGGCUGGUGUCGACUCAUUUCUUGAAGCAGCCAUAGGCAGUGCCCUUCGCCUUAGAGAAAGGGCUCGAUGCGAUGUGCCGUGAUAGGGACAUGAACCCAAAACUAAUCGAGUCAAACGAUCUCUGUUUAACGUCGUAUCGGUUCUCAAGAUCGGCUUAAAGGCUUCCAAGUUUCGACGAGUUAACACGCGACCGUACCUAAGCGACGAAGGACCUUUUUCUUCGCCGGAUCUGCCUGUGUUCAUCUUCAAUUUCAUAUUUUGAUCCUUGUAUUUUGUUCUUUAUCUUGUACACCUGUGAUUCCAAUAUUUACCCCACAUCGUCGUUCCUUGCUCGCUACUCGCGCGCGCACGAGACGACGAACAACGAAAGUGAACGCGAGGAAGUUUCUUAUGCCAGUUCGAUCCACGAGAAGAUCCGAACGGACGAUCCGUUUUCAAUUCGUGGACAUUUGUUUCUCUCUUCUUCGUAACGACGAUAGAAAAGUGUGCCGUAACAAAGUAGAGACUUUCAUUCAUCGAUCGAAAUUAACGCGACGAGCGGAACGAAAGAACAGACGGAUUAAAAGGAAGGUGUAGCUUCGAAGUAACUUCCAGACUGUACUCCAUUUAUUUCAAUCUGUGGAGGGUCGCGAGGGAGUGCAUUGUAAGUCUUUGCCUUUCUCUAACGAUUGCUUUCAACAAUUUCGAUAAACGUUCGCGACUGGACAAUGGGUUUGGAUUUAGAUUCGGAUCGAUCGUUCGUUCGAUACGCAUGCUUUAUUUGCGCCAGUUAUCGAAGAAAGAAACUUACCUGUCGUUCCAUCCUAUAUUGUGAAAUUUUAUCGAUCGAGGCGCUCUCAAAGGUGUAUUCGAUCGUAAUAUCCAUUGUCCGAUCGAGGUACGAAUUAUUCUUCAAAGGUAGAUUUAACUAUAGCACGUAAGCAGAUAUAACCGAGAAACGUAUUGUUUUAUAGCGUAAAAAUUGUUAAUCCGCGAAGGUAGAGCUUGCUCGUUUCAUAAUCUGUUUCUAACGGGGAUAGAAAAAGACCGGUGUUUGUGAAUUUAAUCGUCAGUGCGGCGACGGCGGCGAUUCACGGUGUAGGCAAAGUGGGAUGAGACGUCCUCAGCAGGAACAUCACUACCAUCUCCACAACAAUCACCAUAAUAAUCAUCAUCAUCAUCACCACCACCACCACCACCAUCAUCACCACCAUCAUCAUGGAUCUUCGACGAGCCCAACGCGUACGCGACAACUUCACGACAAGGAUGAAUCCCGUUUGGCAAAAGUGAAACGCGUUUUGGCUAUCUCGUUGUUGGGACGUAACGGAGGAUCUACAAGAGUGUUUGGUAGUCGGUUGGACACGAUCGAGCCGUACCUUGACACCGGGGUACCUUUCGUGGUGCAUCGAUUGUGCAGUUACAUCGAGGCCCAUGGAUUUCAAAGUGCAGCCGUGUUUCGCCUUUCUGGUGGGAGUCCUAGGCUGGCUGAGAGACUGAGAGCCGCUUUCGAGCGAAGAGGAGACGCCGAUUUGGAAGCUGCGGCUUGCCCUCCUACCGCGGCCACGCUUCUACGACAGUAUUUGAAAGAAUUGCCACAAUCAGUUGUACCAUCCACGCUCGUGGCCAGACUAUUGGCCAUUCAUGCUCAGAGUUACUCCAAUGAUCACGACUGCUGGAUCAAUUCGACGAAGGAGGUUCUGUCUUCUCUGCCGCCUUCCCACUAUCGAUUACUCGGUUAUCUGGCUCUUUAUCUGAGCAAAUACGAAGCUCGACAUGGACGUAGUGCCGGCGUUUGCGGCGUGUUUGCACCCGUGAUUCUACCUCACGUUCCACCUGCUACGACGCUUCUUCGCGAUAUUUUGGCCGAUGCAUCUGUACUUUUUCCUGACUGCAUCCGUGAUAACGUGGUGAACGGCGUGAUUCCUGCCAGUGACUGUAAAAUUUGCAAGGACGAAAAGGAGGAACCGAAAGAUUCUGAAGCUGCGUCUCUGCUUUGCGCGCUGAAACCGCGUAAACGCAAGGAACGUCGUGAGUCCUGUUGUCAAGAACGAAAGCUAAUAAGAAGUAGCAGCGAAGAACGCGUUCUUGAAAGUCCAACAGAAACUGCGGACACGAUUAGACGUGUGAGCAGUCACGAGGAUUUUAAUAGCGAAGAACAUUUACACGUUUUGUCUCAGCUCGGACAAGAAAUGGGUCACGGAGUGAGAUGCGGAGGUCUUCCUCUGCACGAAAGAACAAAUGUUUCGCCUGUAUCGAAAAAAAUUCCACCGGUUCCAUCAUCUUGCGAAACGGCUCUGGAAACCGAGAAAUUUGAAUUCGAUGCUGAAAAACUUCGAACCAGCGAACGCUUCAGUCGAAGUAUCACGCCAAGAGGAAGAAGACAAGCUCGAAGAAGAAGAGUACAUAAGACUGCGGACGCUGAAAGUUCGAGCAAAGAAAAUGAAGAAGGACCUGACAACAUUUACACUAUUUCAUCGAGUCCUAAUAGCCGCAACGGUUCUCCAGCUCAAAGUUUUUUGGAAAUGUUGAGCAGUGGACCUAGUCGAUCACCUUCACCCGCUCGUCCACCCACUGUUGAUCACGAAGAUUUAAAUAAUCCUAGUUUAACUAAUUGGUCUUUCCUACGACAAGAAAGUGACGAAGUUGCAGACUCUCGAGUCGAAGCUAUGCUCUCUCCAAGAAAUUCUCUAUUGUUACCUAGACGUUUUUAUUCUGAAAAUGAAAUACAACCAAGUACUCCGAAUAUCGCGGAACUUAGCUUGAAGAACUUAACAAAACAUAUAAACGGUUUGAAGAAAAAGAUCAAAAAAUACGAAGAUGAAUUCGAGGAAAACUUUGGUUAUCGUCCAAGUCAUUCUGAUAAGAUGAGCAAUAGGGAUAUAAAAAGAUUGUGUACAGAGUUGAGUAAGUUGCGAAAGGAACAUAAGCUGUUAAAGGAAGAUCCAGUUAGCGCAUUGUUAGCCAAUGCAAAUAACAGCAGGACGAGUAACGGUAGUCCAACGAAUAAUAAUAAUAGUCAGGAAAAGUCCAGAGCUACGUCGAUGGAGGAAAUGGUGAAAGAAGUGGAAAAGAAACUUAGCGAGAAGAGAUUAAAGUACAACAGACCAGACAACAUGGAAGAACUUACUUACGAACAGUUAAUGGAUGAAAAAACUGCAGUUCAGAAGGCUUUGCUUCAUAUCGAGAAUACUUUCGGCAGACCAGUUUCGAAAGAAGAUAGAGCUGUUGUGCGACCUUUAUACGAUAGAUAUAGAACUUUAAAAAGAUUACUUAUUAGAGCUGGAGUGAACAAAAAUAAGGAUAGUAUUUCAGAAUUAGCUACUAUUUUGGAACACGAAGCGAUGGACUUUACGUCGUCCAAUUUACCUGGUAAUCCGUCUGACACAGAAAGAAGGGCGAGCGAACCGGAUAUGUCGCAUAGAGGUAUUUUGGAUUGUAUAGAUUCGGUAGACCAAUUACCAACCGACAGUGAUAGUCAACACAGCAGUAGCGAAGGAAGUCGCAGUAACAAUGAAAGUCUUCAUGCACUUCCACAAGAGGAAUUAUUGGUGCAACAGAAAUUAACCAGAGAAGAGAAGAAACGUCUACGUCGAGCUUUAAAAGAAUUAGAAGCACAAUUUGAAGCUCGAGCUGGUCGCAGAAUGCAAAGAGAAGAUCGUGGUCCACAGGUCAAUACAGUUUACGAAUCGUAUAAACAGGCUAAAGCAAAGCUUAGACUGAUUGAUGCUCUUGUGGCCAAAAAUGCUUGACGCAGUAUCUAAUUGGUGUAAAAUCUAAUAUGCAACCACGGUAACGACACAAAGAAGCUUCAACAUCCUGAAACGUGUGAAAUAUGCACAGUGAUUAUAUUAUACAAUCGAUAAAUUAUAUUGUAUUCUUGCAAUUGUAACUAAUACUGUUGUGCAAUAAGAAAGAAUGUUUGAGCGUUUCAUUUACGGAAACAGAGAAUGUAAUAUAUACAUACGAUAAUUUGAAUUAAUUCAAGAAUCAAAACGUUUUAAGAGAAGAAGCAAACGAACACUUAUAGCUACAGCAUUUAUCGAAAUCGUACCUGUGUCAACAAUAAUGGCAUGUGUGUUUAUCUGCAGGUAAAGGUAUCUAAUUAACAGAAAUAUGUUUAAAAAAUCAGUCAAUUUUCUUACAAUUCCACUAAAUACGAUUACUGAAAAAUUUCAAGGAACGAUUUCGACUAUCAUAAUUAACGACAUCAUUUUGACAAAAUUUGUCAUUUCGAUGACUUACGAACACACAAAUUUUCAUCGAGUGAUAUCGUAUGAUAAUAAAGAAUAAGAUUACUACACCAAAGUAACACUUUGACCUUUAAGCACUUAUAGUUAGAACAUAACAGUGGCUAUGGCUAUGACGUUACAAAUAUGAAAGCAAUCUGUCGAUUUGCACUUUACUUUCUUCAAAAUACUCAGUGACAUCUUUAAACUACGACAAAAAGAAAACUUUAAUUUGAUAGGAUUCAACACACUACUGCAAAUAUAUGUCUGUUUUUACGAAAAAUUUUAUGUAACAAAAUUAAACAGUGAGUAAGUAAUGCCACUAAUUUAAUCCAUCGAAUUUUCUACGUAUUUUUACCAAUGUCAUGGAACAUUCCGUCAUUUUAUAAUAGAAAUUUUGAAAAUUUACUUCUUCCUACUUUGCAGUAAUUAUACAUAUUUACGUUAUAUUGUAAGCGCAUCGAUUUUUAAAUAUUUUUCUACGUUUGUGUAUUUCUCUGUGUUUGAUGAAGUGCUAAACAGAGAACAACAUAGAAAUCGGAAAAAGUUGUUGCUGAAAAAAUUAUAUCCACAUUUCUUCCUACGAAUCGGGUGAGCAAAUCGUAAUCGAAACAAACAAACAAGACACUCGUGAAUAAGGAACAAUUACAAAUUAAAAUCAUAAAUGAACAAAAGUCUGAUCAUUCAGACAAAUGUAAUAAACACAUAUAUAUUAUGUCUCAUUGUGAACAGAGUUGAAUAUAUGGUGUGUUUAUUUAUACUACUCUAAAUACACUGUCGUACUACUUUCUUUCACAAUAAUAUGACACGAUUUUUCUGGAAAUUGAUAUAUCAGUGAAUCGUUAAUAGAAGAAACGGAUACCCUAGAUUGUAUAUUAUUUCAAAUAAAAUUAAUACAUUCAAUUUAUUAUUUAAGAAUUAUUACCAAAUUGAAUGUUGAGAGUAAAGAACGAAUCUGUGGGGUUAUAUUUGUAAUGUAAGUACCUUGUAAGAGAUAUCACAUGUUAUAAUUGUAGAGUACUAUAAACUGUUACAGUCUUACAGCGUAUUAAACAUAUUCAUUAAAAGCUCGUUGAUUUUUGCGUUUUAUACUUGACGAGUAAAAUUUUAAGGCGACUAGUCUGACGCAAUGUAAGUUUAGAGUAUAUGUAUGUAUAAAUGGUAGCCUUGAAAUUUAACUUGAUGAAGUGUUUCAAUCGAGGGUGCUACAAUUUUCAGUUUUAAAGCAUGUCAAGUGAAAGAAAUGCUUUGUGAAUGUUAUUAUUAUGGAAGUGCGCUAAAGGGGCUCUUUUUUCAGUUCUUUUUUUUUAUAAUCUUGCAAUGCUUAAACUAUAAUAUGGCUCAAGGAUUAUGAAAGAAACAUAUAAAAUGUAUAUGUAUUAAAAUUCUGUAUCGUACAAAAUUUAUCGUAAGUUGUAUCGACCAACGUAAAAAUCUUCAAAACUGUUUAUAAAAUCGUGUCGAAAAUUGUACAUAUACUUUUAUAUAAUUGAUUUCUUGUUCACACACUAUGGUCUAAUGUUUGUUUAGUUAUUGAAUCAAAAUUGAAACGACCCCAAAAUCUGCUGCGCUUAUCUACAUUUCACACACUCGCACGAAGAAAUCAGUUUAUUUAAAUAUUUUAAUUUCACAUUGAUACGUUUGAAAUUCAUUAUCAACGGUAUCUACUAAAUUAGAUUACGCGAAAGAAAAAAGGUACGAUUUUUUAGACCAAAGCAUUUUUUAGUCUGUGAUAUAACAUGAAAGAUAUAUAUGCUGCUUGCGUUAAUAUGGGAGAAUGUGUGUGAGAAACAUUUGAUUCCUAAUUUUUUGCCUUUUUUGCUCUACAGAAAGCAAUGAACAUGAAUGAACCAUUUAAAGGAUGCUAAAAAUAUUGGUAAUUCAAGUUGCGAUAUAUCUUAAUAAUACGAAAGAAAGUAAGCUGAAAUAGAUAAUUUCAAAGAAUUUGGUAUUUAUUUAAACAUUAAAUUUUAUACAAAUCUAGAAAUUCUUAGUAAACCGAAAGCAAUAAAAAGAUAUGUUGUCAAUUUCCUUUCGUGAAAUUAGUCCAAUUAUAUUUUUGUCAUAUUUUUACAAAACUGUUGCUGAAAAAGGAUUCAUUUCAUAUUUAUUAUCAGAAGUAUUUUAUUUUUACGAAUUUUGUGCGUGCGGAUAAUGAUCAAUGAUAAAAUGGAUACUGGUUUAGAGUUAAAGUAACAAUUUAUAUUAACGUUAUUCGAGAUACAUUUUGUAGAUUGUAGAAAAUAACGUAUCUUUGCGAGUAUAAAAGGGAAACGCGUGAUUCUGUGUAGUUGCUUAAGAGAAAAAUGUUUUUGCCACUAUGAAUUUCAAAAUCCGUAUCUAUUUGAGAAUGAACUACGAUUAAGAGUAAUCAUAUUUUAAUUCGUUCAAGAAUAUGUAGGCCUCCACUAUAUUAUAUAUUAGAUCGACCAUGAUUUCUUCUAUUGUAUCUAGACUAGACAGUACUGUUAAAAUUAAAAAAAAAAAAA